AUGGGGGACAACCGGAUCGUAACUAUUUCGGCAGCUCCAUCUGAGGAUGUCACUGUCCCGACAGAUGCUCCGCACGAGAACAGCUGGUACAAUGGCAGAGACUUCGAUGGUUACCGCGUCACGGAGCAGUUGUUGUAUCAACGACGCAAGAUCCGAGUGAUCUGUGUCGGCGCUGGAGCCACAGGUCUACAAUUCGCAUACAAGGCAGAACGUGCAUUGAAAGACGUCGACCUCCAGAUCUACGAGAAGAACGCCGACGUCGGUGGCACCUGGCUCGAGAACAGGUACCCUGGAUGCACAUGCGACAUUCCAUCUCAUUCUUAUCAAUUCACAUGGGCGAAGAAUCCAAAUUGGUCAAGAUUCUACUCUGGCUCGGAGGAGAUCUGGCAGUAUAUGAAGGACGUGGCUACAAAGUAUGACCUGGAGAAGUAUGUGAAGUUCAAAACAUCAGUCGAGUCUGCCACGUGGGAUGAGGAGGCGGGCCUAUGGAAGUUGCGCAUCAUUGCUCCGGACGGCUCAGCCUACGAGGACACGUGCACCAUUCUUGUUAAUGGCUCUGGAGUGCUAAAUGAAUGGAGAUGGCCCAAGAUCGAAGGUUUGGAUGUCUUCAAGGGGAAGCUCAUGCAUUCCGCCAACUGGGACAAUGACUUUGACCUGAAAGGGAAGAGGGUUGCCGUUAUUGGCGGCGGGUCGUCAGCAGUUCAGAUUGUUCCUUCGAUACAACCUACUGUCGGCAAGCUAUACGCCUUCUUGAGAUCGCCCGUCUGGAUAACAACAGGAUUCGGCGCCAAAUAUGCAGGUCCAGGAGGGACUAACUUCUCAUACUCUGAGGAGCAGAAGCAAGAAUGGAGAGAGCAUCCCGAGAAGCAUGCGCAGUAUUGCCGCGACAUCGAAGGCGAGCUGAACAAGCGAUUCACAUUGAUGCACCUCAAAGCCAAGGACCAGAAGCUCUCUCGUGACCUCGUCGCUGACAUAAUGGCUGAACAACUCGGCCAUGACGAAACCCUCACCAAGCAACUGAUCCCACCGUUUGCCCUGGGCUGUCGCAGAAUGACCCCGGGCUCCGGCUAUUUGCAGUCGCUCAAAGCAGACAAUGUGCAAGUGAUACCCAAGUCAGCUGCCAAACUCACCGAAACAGGCAUCGUCGACGCCGACGGUAACGAACAUGAAGUCGACGUUAUCAUCUGUGCAACCGGGUUCGACACUUCCUUCACCCCACAUUUCAAAGUAUAUGGGCGCAACAAUGCCGAGAUUCACGAACAGUUUGGUGACUUCCCCGUGGGCUACCUGGGCAUCGCAGCCGAAAAUUUCCCGAACCUCUUCCUGCUCAUCGGCCCCAAUGGCCCGGCCUCGCACUCCUCCAUCCUACCCAUCCUAGAAUGGUACACGCGGUACGUCUUCCAGGUCAUCGAAAAGAUCCAAACCGAGCGGAUCAAGGCCGUCGAGCCGAAACGUGAGGCCAUCAAGGACCUAUACAACCAUACACACGAGCUCAUGAAGCGGUUGGUAUGGUCCAGUGCAUGUAGGAGUUGGUUUAAGAACGGCAAGACCCACGGGCCUGUCACGGCGAUCUAUCCGGGGAGCAGACUGCAUUUCCUGGAAGUCAUGCGCAAUGUCAGGUGGGAGGAUUAUAACAUCACUUAUCUGGGCGAUGGCAAUCGGUUCAGUUUUAUGGGGAACGGUUUUACACAGACAGAGGUGGAUCCCGAAGGGGAUCCGGUGUGGUACUUUGAUGAUGACUUCGUCAAGAUAUAG